UUGGUUAUUUUUCUAGGAUUUUUGUGUCAACUUUUUGACUUUUUGAUUUUGAUUUUCUAAAUAAAAAUAAAUCUAAAAUGGGAUUGAAAACAAAAACAGGGUCUUGUGCAAUUGUUGUAGCUAUUACAGCAUUUCUAUUUAUUUUAAUAGCAUUCUGUUCCCCUUAUUGGUUAGUUAAUGAUGGCCAAUACCCAGAUGCAAGUUUCCAGAAAAUUGGUCUCUGGGAAGUAUGCCUAAAUAAUUUUGAAGACUUCCGCCACCAUUAUGACUACAAGUUUACUGGUUGUUGGUGGGUGUUUGAAGAGGAGUAUUAUAUUAUAGAUGACUUCCUACUGCCAGGGUUUUUCAUUGCAACCCAGUUCUUCUUUACGUUGUGUAUGACCUUAGUCCUUGUUGCUGCCUUUUUGACAUGGCUAUAUUGUUUCUGCAGUAGAGAUCAUGAUAAGUACCUCUUGCUCUUGUUAAGCAACGGUUCAAAUCUGAUACUGGGUGGAAUUUGUGGAUUAAUUGCAGUUUUAAUAUUCGGUUUUAACGGGGAUAAUCGUGACUGGAUGCCUUAUUGGAGAAACAACGAUUUAGGUUGGUCAUUUGGACUGGCCUGUGUGGGAUCUUUACUGUUGUUCCCUGCAGGAGUUCUGUUUCUCGUCGAGGCAAGAAGAGCAAAAUAUCGAAGACUGAGAGGUUCAGCUCCACAGUCUCAUUAUAGCAUUGAGGUGCAAAAACCUGGACCACACCAUACAGAUAUUUAAGUUGCAUAGUUUUUUAAUAUUUUUAGUUUAUUCCAUCACAUGGAAUAGAUGUUUACAAAACAUGCACUACUUAUGUCUGGUAUUAAUAUUUUUUCGAAUACUAGAUUAAUAAGGAAAUAUUGCAUUUCCAUUGUUUUUAUUUUAUUUUAUUUAAAAAAAUACGUUUAGGUAUAUAAUUUUUUAUAUAUUGUAAUAUAAUUAUUUUGUUAGUGUGUAAUGUUAAGUUAGAUAUGAAUAUUUUUAUUAUUUAGUUGCAAUCCGUCCAUAACAAAUGCUUUAUAUUUUUACUAACAAAUUUUU